AAUAUGGGUAUAGAAAGCUAGCAUCAUUACAGGCAAGGAGUUAUGCUGCGUUCACACGUUCCACGGAAACUCCUUCGUAGUACUUUGACUUCUCAGUUCGGUGAACGGUUAUCAUCCGUAUUGUCACUCUUCCCUCUUGGAAGCACUCGUUUCAGCACAACAACCAGAAUGGCUCCUCAAAAGAACAGAGUAUUCGUCAUUGGAGUGGGAAUGACAAAGUUUGAGAAGCCAGGAAAAGAAGACUUUGAUUAUCCCGACAUGGCAAAGAUAGCAGGCGAGAGGGCGUUGUCUGAUGCUGGAGUCCCCUACUCUGCUAUAGAGCAAGCCUGUGUGGGCUAUGUGUAUGGUGACUCUACCUGUGGCCAGAGGGCCAUCUACCACAGCCUUGGCCUGUCAGGGAUCCCCAUCAUCAACGUCAACAACAACUGCUCCACAGGCUCCACUGCCCUGUUCAUGGCCCGACAGCUAAUCCAGGGAGGUCUGGUUGACUGUGCACUAGCCCUUGGCUUUGAAAAGAUGGAGAGAGGCUCCUUGUCAUCAAAGUUCAUGGACAGGACUAACCCCAUGGACAAGCAUAUGGAGGUGAUGUUCAACACAUAUGGGAUGGCAGCAGCCCCGGCAGCACCACAGAUGUUUGGCAACGCGGGCAGAGAACACAUGGAGAAAUACGGUACUACACCAGAGCACUUUGCUAAAAUCGCAUGGAAGAACCACAAGCAUUCCACCAACAACCCGUACUCUCAGUUCCAGGAUGAGUACAGUCUGGACCAGGUCAAACAGUCUAGGAAGGUGUUUGAGUUCCUUACUCUUCUCCAGUGUUGUCCUACCUCUGACGGUGCAGGGGCAGCUGUCCUGGCCAGUGAGGGCUUUGUGAGGCGCCAUGGUCUAGAGCACCAGGCGGUGGAGAUCUUAGCCCAGGAGAUGGUCACGGACCUCGCAACUACCUUCGAAGACAAUAGCUGCAUGAAGAUGGUUGGAUACGACAUGACCUCCCUGGCAGCCAAGAAGUGUUUUGAGACGGCGGGCCUGAAACCCAGUGACGUCAAUGUGAUCGAGCUACAUGACUGUUUCUCUGCCAACGAGCUGAUCACGUACGAGGCUCUGGGGUUGUGCCCAGAGGGUAAGGCUGGAGAGCUGAUAGACAGAGGAGACAACACGUACGGAGGCCAGUGGGUGGUCAACCCCAGCGGAGGACUCAUCUCUAAAGGACACCCUCUGGGAGCCACAGGUCUGGCCCAGUGUGCGGAGCUGUGCUGGCAGCUGAGAGGCCAGGCUGAGAGGAGGCAGGUCCCGGGGGCGAAGGUGGCCCUACAGCACAACAUCGGCCUGGGAGGAGCUGUGGUCGUCACUCUCUACAGGAUGGGGUUCCCUCAGGACGCCAGGUCCCAGAUAGCGGCUGUCCCCACCAGAGCAGAACGUCUGGAGGGCUUCAGAGUCUAUUCUGUCUUCCAGGAGAUAGAGAACAAACUACAGGAGGAAGGAGUAGACGUUGUGAAGAAGAUUGGAGGAGUUUUUGCCUUCAAGGUGACAGAUGGACCCGAGGGGAAAGAGGCUCUGUGGGUCGUAGACGCGAAGAAUGGACACGGCUCCGUGAGCAACGACGCUGAUAAGAAGGCUGACUGCACUAUCACCAUGGGAGAUGAAGACUUAAUGAAGCUGAUGACAGGCAAGAUGAAUCCACAGACGGCAUUCUUCCAGGGCAAGCUGAAGAUCGCAGGAAACAUGGGCAUGGCCAUGAAGCUUCAGAGUCUGCAGCUGGUGCCAGCCAAAGCCAAGCUGUGAUUGGCUGAUAGACCCUCAGCUCUGGAACUCCUGCCAUAUGUAGCAGUUAUGCACAUUCUCUCACCCCUCCUCUCACCCCUCCUCUCACCCCUUUCUCACCCCUUUCUCACCCCUCCUCUCACCCCUUUCUAACCCCUCCUCUCACCCCUUUCUCACCUCACCCCUCACCCCUCCUCUCACCCCUCACCCCUUUCUCACCCCUCCUCUCACCCCCUCCUCUCACCCCUUUCUCACCCCUCCUCUCACCCCUUUCUCACCCCUCCUCACCCCUCCUCUCAGCUCUCUCUAACCUCUCUCACCCCUCCUUUCAUCUCUCUCUCACCUCUCUCUAACCUCUCUCACCCCUCCUCUCAGCUCUCUCCCCCUCGCUCACCUCUCUCUCACCUGUCUCUCCCCCUCCUCACCCUCUCCUCAUCUCUCUCCUCUCCUCAUCUCUCACCUCUCCUCCUCUCUGACCUCUCCUCAUCUCUCACCUCUCCUCCUCUCUAACCUCUCCUCCUCUCUGACCUCUCCCUCUCUCUGACCUCUCCUCCUCUCUGACCUCUCCUCCUCACUGAUCUCUCCUCCUCUCUGACCUCUCCUCCUCUCUCAUCUCUCCUCCUCUCUGACCUCCUCUCUCACCUCUCCUCCUCUCCUCCUCUCUCACCUCUCCUCCUCUCCUCCUCUGACCUCCUCUCUCACCUCUCCUCCUCUCUCUGAUCUCUCUGACCUCUCCUCCUCUCUGACCUCUCCUCCUCUCUCUAUCAUCUCAUUCCAUCUCUCCUCCACAACCUUUCACAUUCACUCUUAAUUUAGCCUCUCUCUUUCUCUAUUGAUCCCUCUCACUAUCUAUCUUUGAAAUUCUACACUAGAUAAUUAGUUGAGAAAACAACCCCAAUGUCCCAAGAUUCUAACUUCCUCAAGUGUCCUGUAACAUAAUUGAUAAUGAGAUAAUAUUUAUAUUUAAUUCACAUUUUCCUCAUGAUUUAUGGGUUCCUCAUGUUUCAACCAACCAAUGUGAAGACACACACAUACACACACAGAACUGGAAUAAUGCCUUAACUGUUAUGUCACAAUAUUCUGCUCUGAGCUGCUGUGACAAACAGGAGGAAGAGAGAUUGUGACGGUUGUGAAAAGCAAUUGAAGUUUUUUUGGGGGACUCUUGACGGCCAUCUUAUAAACAGCUUAUGAGGCUGUUGCUUUGUCAAGAAAAGCAAAUGAUCAUCUUUAAGACCCAACUAAUCUGGUUUGAUCUCUGGCACUGCUGUUCAGUCGUUUAAUACCACAGUGACCAGGUGGUUGUGUCCCAUAUGCCAUGCGUUUGCUGCGAGAGCGGUGACUCUCCCGCCACAUAAUAAUAACACUGUCAUUGCAGUAAAUAAAUGUAUACAAUAUUUUAUGUUUGUGUAGUAAAUAAUGUUUAAUAAUAAUGUAACAUGGUGGACUAUUUUAUAAUAAUACAGAACACCACUUUAUGUGCCUCUGGUGUCUCUAUGAAACUGACAGCUCUGAUUAAUAUGACAGUCCGAUAAGACCUGAUUUGAGGAAAUGCUUUUCUGUAGAAUGUGUGUGUGUGAGUGACUGAAUGAAUGCAAUUGAUUUUUACUAAAUAAAUAACAGCUAUAUUGACCAGAA